AUGUCUUGCAUUGACUUCUCCCGGCCUGGCCCCCACGCCUUGAUCUUGGUGACCCAGGUGGGACGCUUCACCGCCGAAGACGUGGCUGCCGCAAAGUGCGUCUGGGAUAUCUUUGGGGCAGAAUCCACCAGGUGCACGAUUGUCCUCUUCACUUGCUUGGAGGAUUUGGGUGGGGACCCCCUGCAUGAGUACGUCCAAAACUCCGACAACAAAAAUCUACGGGAUGUGAUCCAGCAAUGCCGGAACCGCUUCUAUGGGUUCAACAACAAGGCCACGGGAGCCGAGCGGGAUAAUCAGGUCUCGGAGCUGAUGGAGAUUGUGCAGAGAACCAUUUCAGAGAACGGAGGUGGGUACUACACCAACCAGCUGUAUUUGGAGCCCAACCUGACGGAUGGCAUUGUCAAAGCUGUCCUGGCGAAGAACAAAGAAGCCCGAAAAAUGGCAGAGAAUGCUUUGAAGUGGAAAGAAAAAAUUUUAAUGGCUGCAAUCAUCACUACCGCCUUUGUAAUCUUAAUAUAUAUUGUAGUCGAACGGACCCAGGUCUUCAAAGCAUCGUGUGUGAAAGACGGGAAAUGGCAUUUCUACAGCGUCGGGAAAACGUCAAGCAAUUCUGUGUCUUCAACACUCACAGAGGAACUCCGGCUAAUUCUAGUUGGAAAAUCCGGCGGCGGAAAGAGUGCCACGGGCAACACCAUCCUCGACCGGAGAGUGUUUGAGUCCACCUUGACAGCAAAGAUCACCACCCUAAAGUGCCAAAGGGGGCAAAGCAGCUGGCAGGGCUUGACGGUCACCGUGGUCGACACACCAGCCAUGUUUGAUUCUGACAACUACAAUGAGAUUGUGCGACGUGAGGUCAUGGCUUGCAUCGAUGUCUCCCGGCCGGGUCCGCAUGUCCUCAUUUUGGUAACCCAGACGGGACGCUUCACCGCGGAAGACGUGACCGCUGCAAAAUGUGUCUGGGAUAUCUUUGGGGCCGAGUCCGCCAGGCACACAAUCGUCCUCUUCACCUGCGUGGAGGAUUUGGGCGGGGACUCCCUGCAGGAGUAUGUCCGAAAGUCCGACAACAAGAAUCUGCAGGACCUGAUCCAGCAGUGCGGCAACCGCUUCUGUGGGUUCAACAACAAGGCGGUGGGAGCCGAUCGGGAGAGGCAGGUCUUGGAGCUGAUGGAGAUGGUGCAGACAACCGUUUUGGCGAACGGGGGGAGAUACUAUGUCAACCAGCUGUACUUGGAGCACAACUUAUGGGAUGAAUGCAUCAAACUGUUCCUAGAUGGGAACAAAACGGCCCGGAGAAAAUCAGAGAGAAGUUGGCUGCGUAAUCCUUAUCGUGUUGCCGGUGUCUUUGCGGGUAUUGUGUUUUUCAUUGUUAUUGUGAUACAUUUUUCUUAAGGUGUUCUCCUUUCUAAACGUCCGGUGGUCGUAUGUGCAAUAAA